AUCCCUGUUAUGUUAAAUCCAGGUAGGCAUUUGCCCUCUGGUGGCCGUCUAUGGGUUCUGCGGGUUUAUAUGCCUUUUCUGCAUUUCAGAGUCUGGUGCUAACAAUGUGUGAUGAUCAGCUCUCUGCUUGCUCCCACUAUCCUUAGUGUGGGAUUAUUUAACUGGUCCGAAGCUUCAGCUAGCUAAUGAGAAUGGAGAAUGGCCUCUCUCCAUUAUCCCAUUCUUCCCCUUGCACGAGGGCUGAGCUGAUCCCAUCUCCGAGAAUCCACUGGUAGCUUGAUCAAUUCCAUGGCAUUGAUUUUAAUUCUUUAUUCUUUCUGUUUUUUCUUUGAAGGGAGGAAGCCUGAUCUCUGGAAUCAGAAUCCAAAUAUGCCCAUGAAGAAGGCUGACCCAGUCGAGAUGGCUGUUUUAAUUGGUGUAAAUGAGAGUGACCUGGAAGCAGUGAAAGCGCAGAAUGGGACAAUUGAGCAGAAGGAAUAUCAAACAGAAUCUGUGCCUAGGACAGAGCAUUCCUGCUCACUCUCCAGAUCCAGCACCGGCAGUGGGUCAGGGGGUAUCCAAAGGAAACCAGGCAUAGGAUACAGCUCAAAGGAGGAGGAGCGCACUCAGACCCAUCAUGCUGUUGCCCAUUUGAACAAUUAUUCACGCAUCGAUUCCCAGGAAGAUCAGGGAUACAUUAGCAGAGAAUCCCGGCCCAGUUCAGGAGCUCCGUCCCCCGUGAUGGAAUUCAGUGGAAACCCAACAGUGAGCGUUACAAUAAAUACCGGCAAGUGUUAUGUCAACUGCUGCCACCGGCUGGGAGAUGGGAGCUCCGGGCCAGUCUCUGCUGAGGAAGAUUAUCCUGCUCCAGCGGAGGAGGAAGGAACUGAAGUGGAUGAAGGGUUUCCAAUCCAGGAGGAACACAAGGACUCUGAGUCGGAGAAUUGGAAAGUGGCUGGUGUUCCAGUGGAAGCUGAGAGUGAAGGUUGCUGGCAAACAUGCAGCUCAGUGCAACAGUUGGAGGAUGUGAAGGAGUUGCAGCUUCCAAUCCAGGAUACUUCUGGGAACAUGUACUGAUCAAAGAAUGGAGGCCUUACAGAAAGGCCUGUGUCCUUGUGUUGAAGACAACUUGUGCCCUUGAGGGCUUGUGACUGAGGCCUUUGCUUACCAGCAAUUGAUUCCUGAUUUUAAAGCUUGUUAGGAUGAACAAGGCCCAGGUUAUGAUGUGGGGCUGGAGCAGUGUCAAGCUGUCCUAAGAAACAUGAGUUGAAAGCUCACGCCACCCCCCCACCCCAACACCACUGAGAGUGUGGACUUAGUGACAGAUCGACAGCUCAGACUUCAACAACUCCUGAGCUGAUGGUGACUUGGGAUUGGGUGAUCCUGGGCUGACCUUAAAGUGACCUUGCUAAAUAAUGGCAGCUUUCGUGACUCUGCUAGCACAAUCCAAGGGUCAUUGGUGAAACUGGCAGAAACUGACAUGUGUCCUGGUCAGACCUGGACAAACUCUGCCCGCAUAAAGAGGAAAAAAAGCUAUCCAUCCGGCCCCACACAAUUGUGAUGCCUUGUACUUUUCCAGUUCAUCCCCCAAACUUCUGAUUAUGGAAGAGGCCAAAAUAUUUUUAAGAUGUCAGUUUGGGGAAAAGAUUGAGAAAAUGCUCCCUGAGCUGCCCCUUGGGGAAUCAAAAUUAGUCCAGGAAAUUGCCCUGAAUUCCCUGCAGGAUCUUCCUUAAGUACAGAGUGACAUCCAUGCAACCAGAAAGGUCUCCGUCUCUCACUUGAAGUGUUUCAGCUGGCAACCUGUUCCAGAGUUUGACAGUUUUCUAUGAAAAAAAAUCAUUUCCUGACAUCUAACCAAGAUCUGACUUUAUAGACCUUACAAUUGUACCUUUCCCAACUUAUUUAUUGGUUAAAAAAAAUUCAAAUAGAACACAGUCCGUUCCUUUUACCAUUCUACAAAGCUUAGUCAGAUCACCUUUCAGAUUUUACUUACCUUGAAGUGUAGCAUCCCAGUUCUUUUAGCCUAACUUAAUAAUUCUAUUCAGUCUCAGCAGAACUCUGUUCCACGGGUUGAAUGUUGAAUAGGAAACUGAACCCACUCCAGAGUUUCAGACACACUAUGAUAUUGGUCUGGAUCUGCACCACUUUCAGUUAACCUGGGCAUUAGCCUGAGUUCCUGCCUGUGCUGUUAUUCUAAUUAAACUGCAUCCACACUGGCAUCCCAGAGUACACUAGAAUAAAAACAGCUAAUGUAAACACAUUAAACCCAGAUUAGGAUGGUUUUCGGUAUUCUCUGGAUUCAGCAAAUUGUAUAAAACUAAACCACCCUUUUGUUCUCCAUUCCACUGUCCCCAUCUGCCCCCCCAACCUCUCUGUCUCUGCCCCCACCCUGCACUCUUUCCCCCCCACCUCCUUUCUUGGCUGCUCCAUCCAUCCCUGUCCUCCUCUCCCUUUAUUCCUUUUACAGCCUCCCUCUUGCCCACCUCCUCUCAUCGAUUUUCUGUCCUCUCCGCUGCAUCCCUCUUUUUUUCUCUCCAUUUGUGUGAAUAUCAUAGUUUUUAUCAGUUUGUAAUGAGUUGGAAGUAAUAUAAAGGAGACAGUUACUGAUGCAGGUGUGUUAAUAAGCUGAUUCUUUUUGUACCAUGGCACAAAUAAUAAAAAUUUUUAUAUUUUUCUUGCA